CUCCUUCCUCACUCAACUUUCUUGCAAUCAUCGACAAGUUUCUCUCGCUUUCUCUCCCACCAAACACCACAAAAUUACUGCAUCCAUACCAAUUCAAACAUGCCGAUUGACACCUCAUCACUUUCCGGCCACGGACAGACCGUCUGCGUCACCGGCGCCGGUGGAUUCAUUGCUUCGUGGAUGGUGAAACUACUUUUGGAGAAAGGAUAUACUGUUAAGGGAACUGUGAGAAAUCCAGAUGAUCCGAAGAAUGUUCAUCUGAGAGAGCUUGAAGGAGCCAAUGAGAGGCUAAUUUUAUGCAGAGCUGAUCUCCUUGAUUAUGAGAUGCUUAAAGAGGCCAUUGCCGGAUGCGACGGUGUAUUCCACACUGCUUCCCCUGUCACUGACGAUCCAGAGCAAAUGGUGGAGCCGGCCGUGAACGGGACUAAGAAUGUAAUAAUUGCAGCGGCGGAGGCUAAAGUGCGCCGUGUUGUAUUCACGUCGUCAAUUGGUGCGGUGUACAUGGACCCUACUAGGAGUGCCGACGACGUAGUUGACGAGUCGUGCUGGAGUAAUCUGGAAUUCUGCCAGAACACUAAGAACUGGUAUUGCUAUGGGAAAGCUGUGGCAGAGCAAGCAGCAUGGGAGGUGGCGAAGGAGAAAGAGGUUGACCUAGUGGUGGUGAACCCAGUGUUGGUGCUUGGACCAGUCUUACAACCCACUAUCAAUGCUAGCAUUAUGCACAUCCUCAAGUACUUGAAUGGCUCAACAAAAACCUAUGCCAAUGCUGUUCAGGCAUAUGUGCACGUCCGGGAUGUGGCACUUGCUCAUAUUUUGGUCUUCGAGACGCCCUCUGCCUCCGGCCGAUACCUCUGCUCCGAAAGUGUCCUCCACCGCGGAGAGGUGGUUGAAAUUCUGGCCAAGUUCUUCCCGGAGUACCCCAUCCCCAACAAGUGUUCUGAUGAGAAGAACCCAAGAAAGAAACCCUACAAGUUCUCUAACCAAAAACUCAAGGACCUGGGUUUGGAGUUCACAUCAGUGAAGCAAUGCUUAUAUGAGACAGUGAUAAGUCUGCAAGAGAAAGGUCAUCUUCCAGUCCCAACACAGCAAGAAGAUUCUAUUAAAAUUCAGUCCUAGAGUAUUCAGUACUAUUAAUGAAGUCGGGCUUGGGACAAAUGAAUGAUAUAUGUCCUGUUACAAACUGUAUAUGGAGGAUUUAAGCAUGAAUGUGAAAUUAUUUUAUAAUGAAAAAUCCUCAUUAAUUAAUAAAUUUUAAUAUAUGUUGACUUGUGACCUUCUA